AUGAAGAUGGUGAAGCUCAUUCAUCGCCAGUUAGUAUUAAAAAAGGUAGGGGUGGAAAAAAGAAAUCAAAGAAAACGGGAUAUAAGCCAAAAAAAGAUUCAGACAAAGAAGAAGGUGCACCUGCUACACCAAGAAGAAGCAUCAGAAAAAGAAGGUCACCAAAACCAGCGAAAGUGUCAGAUCUGA